AUGAGCGAGGAACAACCUUCCGACCAGGUCAACAGUCUCCGUGAUUCAUUGAAUCGAUGGAAUCAAACAAGACAGCAGAAUUCGCAGGGUUUUAACGAAUCUGCUAAGACGCUAUUUUCAAGCUGGGCGGAUUCCCUUAAUACUAGAGCCCAGGAUAUAUAUCAGACACUGCCUGUAUCUAGACAGGACUUGGUGCAAGACGAGGAGCCGUCGUGGUUCCAACUAUCAAGAACGGAAAGAAUGGUACUUUUUGUGUGUUUUCUGCUGGGUGCAACGGCUUGUUUUACUCUUUGUAUCUUCCUUUUCCCCGUUCUAGCCGCUAAACCAAGAAAGUUUGGUUUAUUAUGGACAAUGGGGUCCUUAUUAUUUGUGCUUGCGUUUGGGGUGCUUAUGGGACCAGUUGCGUACUUAAAACAUUUGACUGCAAGGGAAAGGCUGCCUUUUUCGAUGUUUUUUUUUGCCACAUGCUUCAUGACGAUUUACUUCGCAGCCUUUUCCAAGAACACGGUGCUGACUAUUACGUGUGCACUUUUUGAGUUAAUUGCUGUCAUUUAUUAUGCUAUUUCAUAUUUCCCAUUCGGUGCAACAGGUUUAAGGAUGCUGAGCUCUGCUGGUGUUAAUUCUGCAAGAGGCGUUUUACGCAUUUGA